AUGGGUCUCAUAGUCCACCACCUCGGCCACUCCCAAAGCGACCGCGUCGUCUUCCUCUGCGAAGAGCUCAAAAUCCCCUAUGAACUAAAAAAAUACAACCGCUCCCCAAUCUUCUCUCCCCCCGAACUCCAAAACCUCCAUCCCAUCGGCGCAGCCCCCGUCAUCCAAGACGACGACGGCAAAGUCCUCCUCGCCGAAUCCGAAGCCUGCAUCGAAUACAUCAGCAACAUCUACGGCCAAGGCCGUCUCUUCAUCCCUCCCGGCGCAAAAAACUACGCAGAUUUCCUCUUCUACUACCACCUCACCAACGGCACCUUACAGCCCGCCAUCGGCCGCGUCAUGGCCCUCCGCACAGCCGGUCUCUCGGAAGAAAAUCCCAUGUUAAUCCGCUAUCUCGAAAAAGUACAUCAAGUCCUCUCUGUACUCGACCGCCGCGUCUCUGAAAAACCGUGGUUGGCGGGCGAAGAAUUUUCUGUGGCGGAUGUUAUGGUGAUUUUUGCGUUGACGACGUUUCGAGAAUUUGUGGCGAUUGAUUUGAGUCGUUAUCAGGAUUUGUUGGAGUAUGUGAGGAGGAUGGUGCAGAGGCCGGCGUAUCGGAGGUAUUUGGAAAAGGCGGAUCCGGAUAUUGAGAUUGAGAGGUUUGUGAAUGGGCCUCCGCCGCCGUUGCAUCCGGCUUUGCAGGCGAUGAUGAUGAAGAGGAAGUAAGGUCACUUUGGCGCUUUUUUUUCUGCUUUCUUCGCUUGCUGAGUGAGGGUGGAGGUGAGUAAGGAGAGUCAGUCGUCGGGUGUGUAGAGCUUGUGGCUGGGCAUUGCUGAUGGAGAGAUUUUUUCUUUUUUAGUCGAACGAGGAAACCAUCUGAGAAGAAGCUGUAAAGUAGGAAGAGGCGGUAUAAGG